GAAGUGAAGAUAGACAAUAUGCAGGAGUCCUCAAAGGAUCUGGUUCUUUCUAACUUCGUCAUAGAGGCUGCCGUAUAUAGUACUAAAAAUUGGUACAACUCUGAAGGAUUUAGUUCUGAACUCUCUCCCAAGGUGGCCAAUUUGACGCUUAAUCCUUCUCCAAGCCCAGUUCUUGGAUUCCAUGGUUAUUUGCUUGAGGGAAAACUGGAUUCUCCAAAUCUCUGGUCAGCUGAACAACCAAAUGUUUACAUCCUCGUAUUAACCCUAAAAGAUACAUCUGGGAAAGUACUGGAUUCUGAAUCAAGCAUUGUUGGCAUUCGACAAGUAUCAAAGGCCUUCAAACAGCUUCUUGUUAAUGGGCACCCAGUCGUAAUAAAAGGUGUAAACAGGCAUGAGCACCAUCCACGUGUUGGAAAAACGAAUAUAGAGUCCUGCAUGGUCAAGGAUUUAAUCUUGAUGAAAGAAUAUAAUAUCAAUGCGGUGCGAAACAGUCAUUAUCCUCAACAUCCCCGCUGGUAUGAAUUAUGCGAUUUGUUCGGCAUGUACAUGAUCGAUGAAGCCAAUAUAGAGACACAUGGUUUUGAUCUCUCUGGGCAUCUGAAGCACCCUGCGAAAGAGCCAAGCUGGGCAGCUGCUAUGCUGGAUCGAGUAGUUGGGAUGGUUGAAAGAGACAAGAACCAUACAUGCAUAAUUUCUUGGUCACUGGGAAAUGAGGCUGGCUAUGGGCCAAAUCAUUCUGCCAUGGCAGGUUGGAUUAGAGAAAAGGACCCAUCACGGUUGGUGCACUAUGAAGGUGGUGGUUCCAGAACAAGUUCUACUGAUAUAGUCUGCCCAAUGUACAUGCGGGUUUGGGACAUUGUCAAAAUUGCGCUUGAUCAAAAUGAAUCACGACCGUUGAUAUUAUGCGAGUAUCAACAUGCUAUGGGUAACAGCAACGGGAAUAUAGACGAGUACUGGGAGGCAAUUGACAAUACCUUUGGCCUGCAAGGAGGUUUCAUAUGGGACUGGGUUGACCAGGGACUAUUGAAACUGGGUUCAGAUGGCAUCAAGCGUUGGGCAUAUGGAGGGGACUUUGGUGACCAGCCUAAUGAUUUAAACUUCUGUCUCAAUGGGCUUAUAUGGCCUGACCGAACUCCUCAUCCAGCACUCCAUGAGGUUAAGUAUUGUUAUCAACCAAUCAAGGUUUCGUUGACGGAUGGCACGAUAAAGGUAGCAAACACUUACUUUUUCCACACAACAGAAGAAUUGGAGUUUAGCUGGACAAUUCAUGGGGACGGUCUUAAACUUGGAUCUGGGGGUCUCUCUAUUCCUGUGAUAAAGCCACAAAAUAGUUUUGAUAUGGAGUGGAAGUCAGGUCCAUGGUUUUCUUUCUGGAAUGACUCAAACGCUGGAGAAUUGUUUCUGACAAUAACUGCCAAGCUUUUAAAUCCUACUCGUUCGCUUGAAGCUGGUCAUCUUGUGUCUUCAACGCAGAUUCCUUUACCAGCAAAGAGACAAAUAAUACCACAGGCGAUAAAAAAGACAGACACUAUUAUCACUUGUGAAACUAUUGGAGAUUACAUUAAGAUCAGCCAGCAAGAAUCAUGGGAGCUAAUGAUAAAUGUCCGAAAAGGAGCCAUUGAAGGUUGGAAGAUUCAAGGAGUUCUCCUUAUGAACGAAGCUAUUCUGCCUUGCUUUUGGCGAGCACCGACAGACAAUGAUAAAGGUGGAGGUGACUCUAGUUAUUUUUCGAGGUGGCAAGCAGCACAGUUGGAUAAUGUGGAGUUUCUUGUUGAAAGCUGUUCAGUAACGAGCAUCACUGAUAAAUCCGUAGAGAUUGAGUUCAUAUACGUUGGUUCUCCAGCUUCUGGCUCUUCAAAGUCAGAAGCCUUAUUCAAAGUCAAUGUGACAUAUCUGAUAUAUGGUUCCGGAAAUAUCAUUACCAAUUGGUUUGUAGAACCAAACUCUGAUCUUCCACCGCUACCACGUGUUGGUAUAGAAUUCCACAUUGAAAAAACACUGGACCGUGUGAAAUGGUAUGGAAAAGGUCCAUUUGAGUGUUACCCUGACCGAAAAUCAGCAGCUCAUGUGGCGAUAUAUGAACACAAUGUUGGGGACAUGCAUGUCCCUUAUAUUGUUCCAGGAGAAUCCGGGGGUAGAACAGAUGUUAGGUGGGUGACAUUCCAAAACAAGGAUGGUGUAGGAAUAUAUGCUUCAACAUAUGGUAGUUCUUCCCCAAUGCAGAUGAAUGCUAGUUACUAUACAACCAGUGAGCUUCAUCGUGCAACACAUGAAGAGGAUCUUAUCAAAGGACAAAAUAUCGAGGUGCAUCUGGACCACAAACACAUGGGCCUUGCAGGAGAUGAUAGCUGGACUCCGUGUGUACACGAUAAGUAUCUGAUUCCGCCCCAACCGUAUUCGUUUUCUCUCAGGUUGUGUCCAAUAACUGCAGGCACUUCAAUCUUAGACAUCUACAAAGAUCAACUUCCCUGCUAGAAAAUAUCUUAUUGCAUAUGAGUUGAAUGCUGUAAACAACUAGACGUGUGACUCUGCAAUAUUUCCUAGUUGAAUUCCUCAAGUGAAAAAACAUAAAUAAACUAAAACACUCAAUUCCAUAAUC